AUGGCGACGCAGGGCGACUUCACGACCGCCAUGACCAAUCGGUCGCUCCGUACCAUCCGCGCUCUGUCGUCGAUUCUCUCCCAACUGCCCGAUGUGACCCAACUCCACGCUCCAGUCUCUCAGGCACAAUCGUCUGCUCCAGCGCAGACAUCAGCUCCCACUCCGGCGUACAGCCCGCCUACGAGCCAGCUGGCGAAUACUAGUCUGAACGAGAAGACUUCCGUUCCAAGCCAAAACCAGUAUCCCAGCACGGCACCCCCGCCUUCAUAUGCCCAAUCGGCUCCAGUUCUCUCGAUUGCCUCCGCUUUGUACGCCUACACACCUACGGAUGCUGGAGACCUGGCCUUGCAGCCGCAUGAUCGGAUCCAAGUGCUGGAACAUAUGAACAAUGAUUGGUGGCGUGGUCGAAACGAACGGACCAAUCUGGAAGGUAUCUUCCCACGGAGCUACGUUACCGUGUUGGAUGAGAAGCCCGCCCCUCCUGUCGCCGCACCUCAGCCGACAAACUACGGCAACAUGCCACUUGAAGUCAGUGAGAGCGGCUCGUCUGCCCCCACGUCGGGAGGUCGGAAGCCGAGCAAGUUUGAGGAGCAGGGCAAGAAGUUUGGAAAGAAGAUGGGCAAUGCGGCGAUCUUCGGUGCCGGAGCGACUAUUGGUUCCAACAUUGUCAACUCGAUCUUCUAG